AAUAUUCGUAGAUUGGAUAUAAUUCAACAUUUACUUAUAUUUCUUACUCUCAAUUAAAAAAGGCUACAAAAAUAAUAAAAAACAGACAAAUACGUAGUAACUAUUUAAAAUCACAAAAUACCAAGUACAGCAAAAUGUCUCUUAAAAAAAUACUAAACAGUUUGAAAAUAUGAGUUCUUGUUCCACAUUUUGACCACAGCUUCAGAAAGAAAACCGGGACAAACAUUAUUGAAAGACUUGUACCUAUCUUGGUAAAAAUUUAACCGUCUAGUCUAUGCUCCAUAGGUAAAUAUUUGGUAAUUUGGCGCCAAACAUAAAUUUUAUUUUGCUUUCGAAUACAUACAGCUUCCCUUAUUAUUCAUCCAUUGAUUUAAGUACUUUUUGGAGAGCAAAGAGUACUAAAUAUUAUAACUAAACAGUAAUUUUUGACGCUUAUCAUGAUUGAUGCUGAUUUACCGAAGGAAAAGGCGUUUGAGCCCGUUGAAGAGGCACAUCAGCCAAUCCAACAAGCAAACAUGCAUUGUCAGAACCCGGCCAAGAAAUUAACUUUUGCCAAAGAUGUUGAAUUAAGUGGGAAAACACUCUCUCAAAAAAGCAGUUCGUACAAGGAUGUCCUCAGUCAACCACCCAAUGAGGUCACGCACUCCCAGAAACUGAUUUGGCUGCAGAAACGUCGCACUGCUGGUCUAUGGGCACAAUGUGAUGACUGCGAUCGUUGGCGUUAUCUGCCUUUUGUACUUGACCGGCAUGAACUGCCUGUGAAAUGGUAUUGCUGGAUGAAUGCAGACAAAGAAUUCGCUAGUUGUUCUGUUCCUGAAGCUCCUUUGCGGUUGCAUGAUGAAGAAGAUUUAAUUCAUAGCGAGUACGCGGCGGGAUCGCUGGUGCUGGCUCGCCUUGGUGGUUGGCCCUGGUGGCCGGCAAUGGUGGAUGACUGUCCUGAUACCGAGCAAUACUAUUGGCUUGAUGGAUUCUCUGAUAUACCCACUCAUUACAAUGUUGUCUUUUUUGAUACUGUGGAAGCUACUAGAGCAUGGAUAGCUCCUGAACAACUAAAACCAUAUUCGCAGAAUAAAAAUUUAGUGAAGGGUUUUCUAAAAGAUAAAAAGUAUAAUAGGCGCCUUAAGGCUGCUAUUUCACAGGCAAACGAGGCUGAAAAAUUACCACUUGAGAAACGUUUAGAACGCUUCAGUUUUAUAGCUAGACAUAAAGGGGUUAUAUUUAGCCCGAAGAAAAUGAAGAAGGCUGAUAUCGAAAAGUACAAAAGACAAUUUAAAAAGAAGUUCAACAUAGAUUUUCCUGUGGAAAGUUCAGAAUCUGAUGAUGAUUAUGUAGCUGAGACUACAAGUAAAAAAGAUAAUAACGUAAUUAUCAUGGGAACUCCAAAAAGAGCUAGGCGUGAGAAUAAUUUUAACAAAGAGCAAAAUGAAGAAAGUAACUUGACCACUAACGUCGAACCACGCAACUUUAAAAUCAAUGAAUGCGCUUUAGACUCUGAUAAACCACCUAAUUCAAUGUUGGUUCAAAUAGGUAGUACGGACCUAGGAUCUAUUGAUAACGAUACGUCAGCUACCUACGUGCCUGAAGAAACGCCACGAACGGAGUUAAGUAUUAGAAUGGAGACCCCGAAUAGUGAUGACUUUGAUUUUUAAUUUUAAGAUUUUAAGUUUAAUAGUAUUAAUAAGCAUAAACUUAAAUACAAACGGUAUGAAG